ACGCAUUUCGCAGAUCUCGCCAAGUUCUCCCUCCUCCACCAUCCAUGGCGUUCGCCGACACGUCCAGCUCCCCGCGGCAGCGGCAGCAGCAGCAGCAGCCGCUGAUCCCCAGCUUCCUCUACGCCUCCUCCUCCUCCAAGUCUCUCUACCUCGAGAAGAUGCUCGGCUCCUCCGGGCCCCGGUCGGCGGCGGCGGCGGAGGAUCGGAGCGGAUUCCUGAUCCCGUCGCCCAAGGAGCCGUCGAAGAGGGUGGAGAUGUACUCGCCCGAGUUCUACGCCGCCUGCACCUUCGGGGGGACCCUCUGCUGCGGCCUCACCCACAUGUCCGUCACCCCGCUCGACCUCGUCAAGUGCAAUAUGCAGAUCGACCCUGCAAAGUACAAGAGCAUUUCAUCUGGUUUUGGAGUUCUAUUGAAAGAGCAGGGCGUCAGAGGUUUUUUCAGGGGCUGGGUACCCACUCUGCUUGGUUACAGUGCCCAAGGUGCCUGCAAGUAUGGCUUCUACGAGUACUUCAAGAAAUAUUACGCUGACAUUGCUGGGCCUGAGUAUGCAACCAAGUACAAGACAUUGAUCUACCUAGCGGGCUCUGCAUCUGCUGAGGUCAUAGCCGAUAUUGCCCUUUGCCCCUUCGAAGCAGUGAAGGUCAGAGUGCAAACACAGCCUGGAUUUGCAAGAGGUCUGUCAGAUGGAUUACCCAAGUUUGUAAGAUCUGAAGGCGCUCUUGGGUUAUACAAGGGCAUUGUUCCUCUCUGGGGUCGUCAAAUACCAUAUACGAUGAUGAAGUUUGCAUCUUUUGAGAACACCGUUGAGAUGAUCUACAAAUAUGCCAUUCCCCAACCAAAAGAUCAGUGCAGUAAUGGUUUGCAGCUCGGUGUCAGUUUUACUGGUGGUUAUGUGGCAGGUGUUUUCUGUGCUGUCGUGUCUCAUCCUGCCGACAAUCUUGUCUCUUUCCUCAACAACGCAAAGGGAGCAACCGUCGGUGAUGCUGUGAAGCAAAUGGGUCUGGUGGGUCUCUUCACCCGUGGUCUUCCUCUCCGUAUACUCAUGAUCGGUACACUUACUGGAGCCCAAUGGGUUAUCUACGACGCAUUCAAAGUUUUUGUGGGACUGCCAACGACGGGUGGUGUCACUCCGGCUGCUGCCCCCGCUGCUGAGCUUGCCAAGGUUUAGAAUGUCUUAGUGACCAAGGGGAUUGGCA